AUUAUCUUGAAAAAGGAUAACAUGCUCACUAACAGGGAUGUAAACUGAUUUGUGCACAAAAUUGGAGCGAAAUACACUUUUUGUGUGUAUGGAAAAUUGCUGGGAUCUUUUAUUUCAGCACAUUGUAGCACAGUGCAACAAUAUUCUCUUGGAACACUGGCACUUCCCCUGUCGAAUGGCAAUCUCCAUUACUCUAAAAUAGCCUCGAUUCAAUCCAACCCAUACCCCCAUGUGUCUUUAUGACUUUGUCUUAGGCUACAUAUGACUACUGUAUACAUGUCCGUCAUUUCAAGUUUUUUACUAUUGGGGCCAUAUGGCAAAAAUGAGUAGGACCCCUGCGAUUUAUAGAGAUUUUAUUAGUUGUAACAGACGUUUGAAUUAUUGGCUACUAAUUAGGCCUAUGGUUUAAAAUCUAUCGCCGAUCCAAUCUUCCACUAUCACGAUAUACCAUAUGUGUAGGCCUAGCAUAUAUCUCACGAAAUAAUAGCCUCUGAUGGUUAUGUGAAAGUACUGUAGGUCUAGAACAAGUCCAAUUAGUGCAGUACAAAUCACACAAAAAGGCCACUGGAUGUCGCUGUUGACUAAGUAUUUAACAUUUUCGAUCCCAUGUAGCCUGUUUACCUUUUGUAUGGGAACCUUUGGGGGACUGGAGGGAGAAAAUGUUCUUAAAGGCUGUUCUAGGGUUACUAGUCACAAAUGUAGGGAUGAACAACUCAUGCGUAGAGCUGAACAACCAACAACGUCCGUUUUCUCCAAAACCUAUAAUUAAUCGUCUGCAUAUAACUUUUACGGAUAAUAAUUAUCUGUCUUCUCUAGCCUACACUAUAGGCAGUAGUAUUUCUGUAAUAUGGCAAUAUUGUAUUAUUUUUUUUUAAGUAUCGAUAUUCCAAUUGAUUUAGCCUAUGUCUAUCUACAACCAUUUAUUUUGUCAGUGGGUCUCUAUCUCUGUCUUGGUGUUGUUAUGAAGAACAAUUAUUUUAGUUAUAACUGAUCAAUUAUAUUUUACCGUUGUGUUAAUCGAUAGCCUAUGUUUAGUGUUAAGUAGCAUAAGGUUGGCUACAUUUACUAUGGGCUCAAAAGAACAUCAGAACAUGUAGGCCUAACUUAAUGUCAAAAUGUAUAGUCUGUAAUUGUGAAACAUAUUUUCAUAUUUUUUAUUAUGUUUGCUCUAAGUAAAGACCAAAAAUUCAACCAAACACCUUUAUUUCACUUUUAUUUUCAUUAAUAAUCAUGUACAAUAAUUAAUCAAUGUCAUCAACGACUAUUAAGCAUUACAAAAUAAUUCUGGUAACAUAAAAAAACAUAUGAAACCAAAUGUCUAGGCUGUAUUAUUAGCAAAUACAAUUUUGCUGCAUGUAAACAUUUUCGAUUAAAAUAUUUUAAUUGAAAUAGGCUAGGCUACAAAACAUUUCACAACCACUGGGUGUGCGCGUACAUGUGUGCGUGAAUGGAAAUCAUUGACGUAAUGCCUUCACAUAGUCAGGGGUCGAGGUUUUUGUCACUUUCUUAAGGGCAAUAAACGGUAGGCCUAUUAACUAGGGAGGAAGGUGUAGACAAUGUGUAUAAGACUAAACAAAAUGAUAGUUGACACAGAGUCUAAGCUACAUAAAAUAUUCAAAAUGUUAUUGUAUUGUAAAGCAAAAUGCACAGUCCCUUCCCGCUUGCCUGUUUCAUGGUUUUAGACGUCCGAGUUCUCAAUGAGAAUGGGAGGGGGUUGAAGGUUGGUGGUGAGAGAGGAGGGGGUCGAUGUCGUGAAGGGGGGGUGGGGUAAAAACGAAACGCUAGUGACUGUGUGUCGGAGGGGCUAGCCGCUUUAGCAUCAACCAUGCACGUCAUAAGAAGCUGAUUUGAAGCUCCAAAAGGAAAAAGCCAAUAAAAACCAAAGGACUUCCUUUGGUAGCAGGGCAGUGUUUUAACAAGAGAGAGGUGGAUAAGGAAAAAGGCUUUAUUAUCUUAUUCCUUAAACCUGUCUCUAUGAUUUCGUGGUUUCGUUCGUUGUAUGUGUGGGGUUUGGAACAAAACUAAGGCAAUACUUGGAAUUGUCGUAAACUAAGUUAUUCCACUGUAACAUUGUAAACCGUAAAACAUGAGCUCCUAUUUCGUGAACCCUCUCUUUUCCAAGUGCAAAGGCAGUGAAACGUUGGGACCAACUUACUACGACUGCAGGUUUCCUCAAGGCGUCACCCGGAGACACACGCUGGUGUACGGUGCGGGAGCGGCGGCGACGGGAUUUCAGCACCCGCCCGCCCGAUCACAGCACCCGCCCGAUACGGCCUUCUUUCACCAUAGGACGCCGGCGAUCUCCACAUCAGGCUACCAGCAGAAUCAAUGCGCCUUGGCUUGUCAUGGAGAUGGCACUACAUUGUAUGGAUACGAAGCCCUUCCAAAACAAACGCUUUAUGGUACCCAACAAGAGGCAAGCGUGGCGCUAUACCCAUACUGUAAAUCGUCAAAUGGCACUAACCUCGGAGAAGGACAAGGCCACCUAAAUCAAAACCAGUCUCCUAGUCUCAUGUUUCCAUGGAUGAGACCGCACGCCCCCGGAAGACGGAGUGGCCGACAGACCUACAGUCGAUACCAAACACUGGAGUUGGAGAAGGAAUUUCUAUUCAACCCUUACCUCACCCGUAAACGUCGGAUCGAGGUGUCUCACGCUUUAGGGCUGACGGAGCGGCAGGUGAAGAUUUGGUUCCAAAACCGACGGAUGAAGUGGAAAAAGGAGAACAUCAAGGACCAAUUUCCGUGUCAAAGAGUAGAGACAGAGAACGAGGGUAAUGGUGAUGGUGAGGGAGAGGGAGAGGGCAAGGGCGAUGAUGAAGGCAAUGAUGAUGGUGAAGGAGAAGAGGGAGACAAAAAGGAAACGGGAGUGGAAGAGGACAAAGAGUGAUUUUUAUUGAUCUUUAUUUUUAUGGUUAAAUGGCUUAAAAGUUGAAAGAUGGUCCCGGGAGAAGGAGAUCACAUUUUAUCACAACCGUUUUACUGAGUCAACAAGAUGAGAGAAAAAUAACUGUUCUGGAUUACAGCAAAUGGCUCUCUCUAUGAGGAUAAUAACUACUAAUAAUGUUUAACUUAUACAGUCUCCAAACGCUGCAAAGGUUCUCAUAACAUAAAGACCUGAAGCACUUGCAAAUCAUAUUGUUACGCAUAUGUCCAUAUCACAGAAUGCACAAGAGGAUAGGAUGGCUGGAAAUGUUUAAAUGUUCCAUCAAUGUUGUCAUUCGAGGAGAAGGGUUCAUUAUUAAUACAAAUUCUUUGUACUUUUUUUUCCUAGAGUAUUUUUUAUGUGGAUUUGUGUGUGUGUAUUGGGAUGAUCGAAGUUUUAUUUUAUUCAUAACUGCCAAUUCCAAAGGUGGGGAAAAAGGGUGGCAGUUGACCCAGUGGUUAAGAUCGUUCUGCCAGUAAGGGAUAUUUCAUGUUGUUGUGUCUCAAAUUUCAAUCUAUACGCCUAUUAUUUUCACAAAUAUAGGCCUACUAUUGUGUAUUGUAAUGUAGCCUAUAUUUUGUAAACAUUGUGAGCGCUGUCUGUUCGUUUGAUCGCAAAUGGUCCCGGGCCUAUUCAAUCCGAUAUCAAAACAAAACAAAUCGGAAAUUCGACAUAUGUAGAAUAUUUCUUGAUUCUUGACCUAAUUCUGGAAAAUGUAAGAUUCUAGAAGGCAGCAAUAAGUUAUUUUUAUGUGAUUAUUAGCCUAUAUUCGUUUUAAUAGACCGGGAACUCUUUACUACCUAAGUAGAUCUAGAUGCACUUAGAGGUGAUGUUGAAAUCUACCAAGAAAACGGUUUUGUCAUUAGCAAUGUUGAUCUAUACAUUCUCACUGAAGGGACAAGCCAGUGCAAUGGUAGGCCUAUAACACAUUAUAUUGCAUUUGAUUGCACGAUACUUAUGGUGCUGAUUUUGUGGCGGUAUAGUAGGACCUAUAUUGAUCUUCCAAACAAAUGUCUCUGCGCCAUACUACCUAGUCAGCUAAAGAACGGUGUAACAAGAAAUUGGUGUCCCAACAACUUAAACUGCCUUAAGUAAUGCACAUUUAUUUAACCAAUAUGUUAUAAUUGAACAAAGAAUUGUACUUCAGCGUUUAAAUAUCAUUAGCCUACAACAUUGUGCUGAUGCAAUAGACUCGUUUUUUAUUGCACUGAAUAUGACCUCUGUAUGUCUUCGUAUUUCUUGUUGUAUAAAUCAGCUUGAUUUCUUAUGUUUAAAGUUAAAGGAGGGUAUGUUGGUUGCGAGUGCACACACACUUGAUUGGCAUGAACAUGUUCAAAUAAAUGGAAAAAAUCUGAA